AUGGAAGUAACCUUAGACGAUAGUUCGCCAUUAUUCAAGUACCGUGGGACUUGGGUUAGACAACAUGAUCAAGAUCCGCAGAUCAAUCAGUUUUUUGAGAAAUGUUUUUAUUUCACGAAUAAUGAGAACGACUCUGUCUCUCUGAUGUUCAACGGUACAGGUAUAACAGUCUAUGGGUCCAAGAACAGUGAUCAUGGGAUGUACGCCAUUCAAUUAGACGGAAUGAACAUGACCACUUCAGAUGGAUAUUCUGCCACACCGUCUUUCCAACAGAUCUUGUAUUCUGUCGAUAACUUGUCAUCGACUCAAGUGCAUACACUGAUAAUCACCAACGUCCCUUCGCCCGCUGAGCUACAACCGGCACGAUUUACACUUCUAUUAUUUGAUGACGCUUCGUCGAUCAUCACUUACACAGGGAGUAAUUGGGUGAGGGGUACUCCAAGUGAUGAUUACUACGGAACAACAAGGAUGGUCAGUAAAGAUUCAGGUGAUUUUAUGAAAUUCAGCUUUAGUGGAACGAGUGCGGAGCUAUAUGGAGCAGUGAACUGGGAUCAUGGAAACUAUUCUGUCAUUAUCGAUGGUAUCCAAUCCCAGAAUAAUAUCUUUAACGGCUCUUUCUAUGGUCUUAGACCCAAAACUUCCCUCUUCAUGAUCAACAAUCUACCCGAAGAUCACCACGAGAUAAUCGUCACCAAUCUCGGUCAAGGUGCUAAAGGGAAUUACUUUGAUUUCGAUUACGCAGUGAUCAACUCAACUGUGGCAUCAUGCUCCUCGACUCCCACAAAUGAUGUAGCCCCUAUUGCCAGCACGACCAUCGACUCUUCCAGCUCCUCAUCUUCUUCCGACUCCUCCAAUUCCUCAUCUACCGGAUCAUCCUCGAACCACGUCGCAGCAAUCGCGGGUGGUGCGGUAGGCGCAGUCGUAGGAGUGGCUUUGGUGAUUGUUCUGGCAUGGUUCCUGUUCAGACGUAAGAAGUAUACCCAGGUAGAUGGAGAUAGGUACAUGAGUAGGAAGGAUAGUAAAGUGGAUCUGAAUGGUGAAGAAGUGAAGCCAUACCAUAGUGGAUUCAAUCUCGAUAGCACAUCCGCUUAUCUUGAUCCUCGACCAGCGGGAGCACCUUUUUAUACCACAUCCGGGCAAUCUCCUUCAGCAUCGAUCACAGCAAGAGAGACUGAUCAAACUUCCCUUCCUUUCCUUACUGCUAUCCCUCCUCCACCAGAUGCUCAAGCGACUUCGUACCCUGCAUCAACUGUCAAUCGAUCAAAUACCAUGCAUAGUCACGGACCACCAUCGACUGAUAUCUCCCAUAAUACGUUUGGUGUACCCAUAUCGAGAGGUCGCGGUGGACCUCCAUUCCCGCAUUCAGAGGGAAUUGCUGAAGCUGAAGAAACUCCACAAGCUCCAAUUCCAAUAAAACCCGGGAUGACUUUACCUGGAAGAUAUCAAGUCGAAGGCAGAGAACAGGAUCUGGGACCUUAUAUACCUGAUGAAGAAGCAUAUCAGGUGCAGGGAACGUUACCUCCUGAUUACAGACAGGCUACCCAGCCUCCGUAG